AUGCUCCGCACCCCGCAAGAAGUCGUCACGAGCGGCAUCUCCAACGAGCCUGAGAUCUUUACCCUAUUCUCCAUGCGUGGAAGGAGCGCUAUUGUCACCGGAGGCGCCCGAGGUCUCGGUAUCACCCUCGCCUCGGCUCUCGUCGAAGCCGGUGCGGACGUGUACUGCUGUGACAUUCUGCCCGAGCCAUCGCCCGAGGAGUGGAAGGCGUUGCAGAACAAAGCGGCCAACCUCAAGGUGCGCGUGCAGUACAGGCAGAUGGACAUUACCAACGCCGAGCAGACCGCCGACGUGUUCGCCUCGAUCGAGGAGGAAAUCCAACACAACGCCUCUGAGGGUAAGAUCAAGCUGCUGCGUGCCGUCAUUGCCUGCGCCGCCACGCAGCAAGAGGUCCCCGCAAUCGACUACCUGGUCGAGGACUUUGAGCGCAUGAUGCGCAUCAACGUCACUGGCACCUUCAUUACGUGCCAGGCGGCCGCACGCAACAUGAGCCGGCAUGGCAAGGGUGGUAGCAUCGUCGUCAUCGGCAGCAUGUCGGGCCGUGUGGCCAACCGCGGGAUCGCUUGCUCGGCGUACAACGCGACAAAGGCGGCCGUUAACCAGCUGACGCGCAAUCUCGCGUGCGAGUGGGCUGCCGACAAGAUCAGGGUCAACAGCAUCAGCCCCGGAUACAUCCAUACGGCCAUGCUCAACUCGCUGCUCAAGGCGAAUCCGCAGCUGCUGGGCCUCAUGCAGAGCGGCAACCCCAUGCACCGCGUCGCCAAGCCGCAUGAGUUCAAGGGCGCCGCCGUCUUUCUCGCCAGCGACGCCAGCUCGUUCACCACGGGCACCGACCUGCUCAUAGACGGAGGCCACUGCGCGUGGUAA